UUUUUUGGAAAUUUGUAAAUUUAUGAAAUUGGAGGGAGGGAGGGUCGUGAACGGAAUCCGACAUUGAGCAACAGAGCUCGAGAAGAAUCCAUGGUGGCCAUUUCCCUUUACAGAGGGAACCUCCACAGGGUCCCCGAUGUGCCUCGUCGCUGGCUUAUGCCGAUCCACAACAUUUCUAUUAGAGACUUCAAAUCCCUUCUGCACCGUCGUUCAAAAGCCCUCUCUCGCCUCUUCGCCACCGCCUCUUCUUCUCCGGCUAAAGUUUCUACUUCCCCUAACUCUAAUCCUAAUUCGAAUUCUUCAAUUAAACCAGACGGUGAAGGACUCAGAAAUAAUGCGUCUGCUCCUGAGGUGCCAUUGGAAACUGAAAGGGUUAGUGUUGGUGAUGAAAGACCUUCUCCGCAUAUUAAGAAGAGGAAGAAGUCGGACAUUGGCGAUGAUUGUUUGGGAAAAUCAGCCGAAGGAUUUGAUUGUGUGAAUGGCCCGAGACCUUGUUUUGCCGAGCAAGGUUCUGAUCCAGUGGAAAAUAGUGGCGCGCAUUCUAACCAGGAAAAUCAUGCUGUAUUAGAAAACCCUAACGAAGAGGCAAAUGAGGAGGAUUUGUUAGAUGUCGAGGAGAACAGGAAAAAGGAAGUUGAAGAGAAGUUAAAAGUUUUGAAUGAGACAAAACAUAAUCUUGUGCAAGUGUUAAAACAGAUCUUCCAUGUGGAAGAGGAAGUAAAAAGGCGUAGGAGUUUGCAAGGGACAGAAAUUCGCGCUUCUGCUCCUCCUCUUCAAGCGGAUGCCUCAGCCGAUACGGGGUCGAUGACCAGACCGCUUUCUCCUAGGGUAGCCACAGAAGUGAAUGCUAAUGGAGAUACUGAAGGUGGAGAAGCUGAUGAUCUUUUGAACCAGAAUGUUCUUUCUCGUCAGAUGGUUCGGAACUGCAGUACGUCGCCUUCUUCAGAGUCUCCUCUUAGAAGGCCUGCCCACAUACAACCUAAUAUGCUUCAGAGUUCUAGGCGAUUCUUUGGUGGGUUGCAUUCUGUGUCAGUCUAGAUGUCUACCGAGAAAAAAUGGCUCGCAUCCAUCUCGAACAAAUUUGAGCGUUACUGGGAGUCCAUCGUGUUUACCUCCGGGCGGGCAAUCUGGGCUUCCUCCAAACCUGCCCACACUAUCUGUAUCUGGAACCAACUACAUUGCAUCCUCACAUUCUCCUGCAGCAUCUGGGGGCAUUUCAGUUCUCAGAGAUGCUCGGCAGCCUAGCCCAUGGAAUUAGAGGUCGUCUCAGUAAUUCACAUUGAUGAGUUCGUUUUGAUUCUCGACUUCCUGGUUUGGCAGAGCAAAGUGAGUUCUAAGACUAGUUUCAUGAUGUAUAGUCAGGUAUGAUGAUCUACCCAGCUGCAAGUUUGCAUUUGGGAUAACUCAUAACAUCGUCCCGCUGGUGUUUUUGUAUUUUUAUCAAGUAUAUCACUGGUACAAAACUGUAAGGAUGUUCGCUCCUUCACUUU